GGUGCCGGAGGCGGCGGGGAGGGCUGGGACGGGGCCCUGGCCAGGGGUUUCUCUCUCCCCCACCCCCCUCCUCCCCUCGCCGCCGGUUCCCGUGAGGCUGCAAGUGCCGCCGCGGCAGCUGGGGGGCCGGCGGGGGAUGCUGCCGCCGCCCUGCCCAGCGCCGGAGUAAGGGCAGGCGCUGGUGGCGGCAGGAGCAGCCCCGGCGGAGGGACGAGUUCUCAGAGAUGGGCCCUAUGUAAUGCUUUGGCCAUGAAGAAACAAGGACUGCUGAAUUGCUGUUUUGCAAUGGAGAAGAGAGAGGGAGAAGUACCAGCACUGUGGCUUCCACCUUGUUGCUUACUUCCCUGCAGUCAUGUGUCCCAAAUCCUCCCUGUGCUGUAUUAAGGAAAAGAAAAGCUUGGACAUUUCAACAUCUGCUUUUGUACGUCAUAUUUUCCAAUUUCACAUCCUAUAACCCCUGGUGAAAAGAGGAACAAUGACUUUAUAUAGCUGCUGUUUGAUUCUUUUGCUAUUUAUGUGGAACACUGCUGCCUAUGGGCCAAACCAACGGGCACAGAAGAAGGGAGACAUUAUUCUUGGUGGAUUGUUCCCCAUCCAUUUUGGAGUGGCUGCUAAAGACCAGGAUCUAAAGUCAAGACCUGAAUCAGUAGAGUGUAUAAGGUAUAAUUUCCGAGGCUUCCGCUGGCUCCAGGCUAUGAUCUUUGCCAUAGAAGAAAUAAACAGUAGCCCAAAUCUCCUUCCCAACAUGACCUUGGGAUACAGGAUAUUUGACACUUGCAAUACAGUCUCUAAAGCCCUUGAGGCCACUCUGAGUUUUGUGGCUCAGAACAAGAUAGACUCCUUGAACCUGGACGAAUUCUGCAACUGCUCAGAACAUAUCCCUUCCACCAUUGCAGUUGUGGGGGCAACCGGCUCUGGGGUCUCCACCGCCGUGGCCAAUCUGCUGGGACUCUUUUACAUACCUCAGGUCAGCUAUGCCUCAUCCAGUCGUCUUUUGAGCAAUAAGAACCAGUUUAAGUCCUUCCUCCGCACAAUCCCCAACGACGAGCAUCAGGCCACCGCGAUGGCAGACAUCAUCGAGUACUUCCGCUGGAACUGGGUGGGGACAAUUGCAGCUGAUGAUGACUAUGGACGGCCAGGGAUUGAAAAGUUUCGGGAGGAGGCGGAGGAGAGAGACAUCUGCAUCGAUUUUAGUGAGCUCAUCUCCCAGUAUUCGGACGAAGAAGAGAUCCAGCAGGUGGUGGAGGUCAUCCAGAACUCCACAGCAAGAGUGAUUGUUGUUUUCUCCAGUGGCCCGGACCUGGAACCACUCAUCAAAGAGAUCGUCAGGCGAAACAUCACUGGCAAGAUCUGGCUGGCAAGUGAGGCCUGGGCCAGCUCUUCCCUGAUAGCCAUGCCAGAGUUCUUCCGCGUCAUUGGCAGCACCAUUGGGUUUGCACUGAAGGCAGGACAGAUCCCAGGCUUUCGUGAGUUCCUGCAGAAGGUGCAUCCCAAGAAAUCCACCAACAAUGGCUUUGCCAAGGAGUUUUGGGAGGAGACAUUUAACUGCUAUCUCCCUGAUGGGUCCAAAAAUUCUCCAGCUUCAGCUUCCUUCCACAAGGCCCAUGAAGAGGGCUUGGGCAUUGGAAACAGUACAACUGCCUUUCGACCUCCAUGCACAGGGGAUGAGAACAUCACCAGUGUGGAGACACCAUACAUGGACUACACACACUUGCGGAUAUCCUAUAACGUGUAUUUGGCAGUAUAUUCUAUUGCCCACGCUUUGCAGGAUAUAUAUACCUGUACCCCUGGGAAAGGGCUCUUCACUAACGGAUCCUGUGCAGACAUUAAGAAGGUUGAGGCAUGGCAGGUUCUGAAGCACCUACGCCACUUAAAUUUCACCAAUAAUAUGGGGGAGCAAGUGGACUUUGAUGAGUUUGGAGACCUAGUAGGGAAUUACUCAAUAAUAAAUUGGCAUCUCUCUCCGGAGGAUGGCUCAGUCGUCUUUGAGGAGGUUGGGCACUACAACGUCUACGCCAAGAAAGGGGAGAGGCUCUUUAUCAACGAAAACAAAAUCCUGUGGAGUGGAUUCUCAAAGGAGGUACCUUUCUCUAACUGCAGCAGGGACUGCCUCCCAGGCACCAGAAAAGGUAUUAUUGAGGGAGAGCCCACCUGCUGCUUCGAGUGUGUGGACUGCCCCGACGGGGAGUACAGUGAUGAAACAGACGCAAGUGCUUGUGACAAAUGCCCUGAGGAUUACUGGUCCAAUGAGAACCACACAUCCUGCAUCCCCAAGCAAAUAGAGUUUCUAUCCUGGACAGAGCCCUUUGGGAUUGCCCUGACUCUCUUUGCUGUGCUGGGAAUUUUCCUGACUUCUUUUGUCCUGGGAGUCUUCACAAAAUUUCGCAACACUCCCAUUGUCAAGGCUACAAAUCGGGAGCUGUCCUACCUCCUCCUCUUCUCCUUGCUCUGCUGCUUCUCCAGCUCAUUGUUCUUCAUUGGCGAGCCCCAGAACUGGACUUGUCGUCUGCGGCAGCCAGCUUUUGGCAUCAGCUUCGUGCUCUGCAUCUCCUGCAUCCUGGUGAAAACCAACCGUGUCCUGCUUGUCUUCGAGGCAAAGAUCCCCACAAGCCUCCACCGAAAGUGGUGGGGCCUCAACCUCCAGUUCCUCCUGGUCUUCUUGUGCACAUUUGUACAGAUUGUCAUCUGCGUGAUUUGGCUCUACACAGCCCCACCAUCCAGUUAUCGAAACCACGAGCUGGAGGACGAGAUUAUUUUCAUCACUUGCCAUGAGGGCUCCCUGAUGGCCCUUGGCUUCCUCAUUGGCUACACCUGCCUUCUGGCAGCCAUUUGCUUCUUCUUCGCCUUCAAGUCUCGAAAACUGCCUGAGAACUUCAACGAGGCCAAGUUCAUCACCUUCAGCAUGCUGAUCUUUUUCAUUGUCUGGAUCUCCUUCAUCCCUGCUUAUGCCAGCACAUAUGGCAAGUUUGUCUCUGCUGUGGAGGUGAUUGCGAUACUGGCUGCCAGCUUUGGGCUCCUGGCCUGCAUCUUCUUCAACAAAGUCUACAUUAUUCUCUUCAAGCCAUCCCGCAACACAAUCGAGGAAGUGCGCUGCAGCACAGCUGCCCAUGCUUUCAAGGUGGCUGCCAGGGCCACAUUGAGACGGAGCAAUGUGUCACGCAAGCGCUCCAACAGCCUCGGGGGCUCCACCGGAUCCACCCCUUCCUCCUCCAUCAGCAGUAAAAGCAACCAUGAAGACCCUUUUCCUCUACCAGCUUCAGCUGAGCGGCAGCGCCAGCAGCAGCGUGGGUGCAAGCAAAAGGUCAGCUUCGGGAGCGGCACGGUUACCCUGUCCCUGAGCUUCGAGGAACCGCAGAAGAACGCCAUGGCCAACAGGAACACCAAGCGCAGGAACUCCCUGGAGGCCCAGAACAGUGAUGACAGCCUGAUGCGGCACCGGGCCCUGCUUCCCCUGCAGAACAGUGAGUCCCUCGGUGCUGAGCCUGGCUUCCAGGCAGCUUCCAGCCCAGAGUCCAGCUCGCAGGAAUCAGUGGUGGGAGACACCAAAGAAGAGGUACCAAGCCCUGAGGCAGAGCCUUCCCUGCCAUCAGCUAAUUCUCGAAAUUUUAUAGGCACUGGAGGUGGCUCUGUCACAGAGAACACGGUACAUUCCUAACAAAAGAAGAUCAUGAAAAGCGCACCAGUCCCCAAGAGGAACUUGCUCACCUCUUGCUUCUGAAUGGGAAAGACAACAAAGAUACAUAUCUGUGACACAGCCCCACCACACGUUAUUGUUAGUGCCGGCAGGGUAACACACAUGCCUCCAGAGGAAGGACUGUCAGAAGCCUGUGUCUGGGGAGCCUUGAACUGAAUUUGCAUUUGCUUUAUUGAAAUCAGGACAUCUUGGAAGGACAAGUGAAGAUUGCCUCUGGUGGGGCUUAAGCAGAACUUUGCAUGCUGCCUUGCCUCUGUAAGCUUUUCCUGCCAGACUGCAACUCAGCUGACUACGGGAGGCACUGGGCAAUUCCACUAUACUCUGCUUUUACAUUUAUGUAUAAUAUUCCUCUUCCCCACUAUGUAUAAUAUUCCCUCUUUACCCAGUAUAUGUGAUCUGUAACCAUGUGCAUCAGGACUCUCAGCUCUUCAAAAGCAAGAUACACAGUUUCACUUGGGGAAAGCACAGUCAGGGGGAAAAUAAAAAAGCCCCCAACGUCCUGCAUGCUGUGUACAGCCAAGGGUGUGAACAUGUAAAGUAUUUAAUGUGACAGAGCGCCUUGCUAUUUAUAUUUAGUAAUGUCCCAAUUUCUCCUUUCCGCCCAGCAGGAAAUACUGGACUAUACCCUUCCUAGACUCCAUUGCACUAGACCAAGCUACUAGGUUCCUACUGUUUUCUUCCGGCUGAGGUGGCUUUACCUCCAACCUGCCUGCUUCGGUGGAGGGGGAGAACAGCUUGUAAAUGCCCCUGGAGAACGUUGCGAGAGCACAAUGACAUGUAUUCAUGAUUGAUUAUGUUGCUAGUAGUUGUAUGCUUAACAAAGUGUUGCUGCUGUAAUAUUCCACAUGGCAUACAUGGCUAACCCUUUCACACCAUAGUCAGUGUUGUGCUUUGCCAUAUUAAUCUGCCUCACACCCACACAUAGCAUUGCGCUAGUCAUGACAGUACUCGUGGGCCUGAUACAAAGCCAAUAAAACAAGGUGAAAUGGAGGAGUUAGGGAUGGAGAAAUAGCCCCAAAAUUUGGUAAUAUUUCAGAUGAAUAUUGCAAGUGUGCAUGCUGGUAGAUGAUGGGGUGAAGAAAAUGUACAGACCUGGGCUCUGAGAUAUUCCAACAGACAAAUGAGUAAAUUGUGUAUGUUUUGGUUCCUAUAUGCCUUCUAAUUGGUUAUGUCCCUCCUGGCCCAUCUUGAAGAGAGGGUACUUAGAAGAGGAAGGGUGCACUGUACCUAGAGGAGAAGAGUAAGGACUUCAGAAGAGAGCACAGUUGACCUUCAUUACUCUUGACUCUUGUUCUACACCCCCAAAAGCAGACAUAAGUGCUCCUGGUUGUGCAGGGUAUGCCUGGUUCCUCUCCAUCCAUGCUGGAAAGGUUCAAGUAAGAGAGUCGUUAGAAGAGAAUUUUGUUGCAGCCUGAUGAAAGAAAGAGUGCCUCUAGGCAGUCCAGCAGGAAGGGUGAGGCUAUGUUGCAAAAUUUAUUUACCUAUUUACAGAUCCCAUAUACAAGAACAGGAAUCUGCUGUGAAGAUGUCAGUACCUUCACUCAUCAGACAUGAAGGUAGUCUAGACCCCUGUGGAAAGGUAUACGGGCCUGCAGCUUAGCGUGAGCAGAGAUGAAAGGACUGUGUGAAUGUGUUGGGGAAAAUACAAUUCUCUUGUUACUGUUUUUGCUUGUUUGUUCUUUCGCCAGGGCAGGAAAAUAAAACUUACAGGUGACAUUACUGCAUAAAAACUUUGUUUUGCAACCUCCACUGGCUGCUGAGGAGUUUUGCUUUACGGGGGCACAGUGGAAAUCCAGAACCCAAUGAAGAAUGCUAUUGAGACAAGUUAUUUUAACUCUUCUGUUGCUCUGCUAUAUUCUACUUGGAGUGGGCUCAAAUUUUAAUUACACAAUGUAAGAACCAAUCCAACUUUAACUGUUUGGCCUGCAAAUAAGAAUAUGUGAUUAAAGCUAUGGUACUGCAGGUUAAAGGAAAGAAAAAGAGUUUGAAAACACAAGUCACUGUGGCCACACUUUCAGAAAACACUGGACCAAGUGGGAGUUGCUCAUUGUUCCUGAAAAAAACACAGGUCCCUUUCCCAGGCUGCUGCUGACUGCAGCCCCCAGGCUUAAUUUAAAGGUGCUAAUUGAAACCCAUGGAUUCCUGGGUCUAAGCAAACAUGUGAAUGCAGAUAGCUAUUAGAUGCCAAAAGGGCUAAAAAAAUACUUUAAUUACAGUUCACUCUCAGUAAAAGUUCAGUAGCCAAAUAACUUUAGGGCUAGUGAACCACUCCUACAGGCCAGACCCAGUAAGUAGCCCCUGAAGCUGACAGCCUUGAAAGUAUAGAAGUUCUCCAUGAAUCAAAUGAGCACAACACAAGAUAUAAACUGUGCACAAACACAUGUAAUGUGAGAAAUGAAGUCAUCCCUGCCUGCUUUGUUUGGAGGACAAUAUUCACUGGCUACACUCACAGUAGAUAAUGUUGAUAUUGUUUGCUAAGCUUGUUGGGUGUUUUUAAUUCAUUACGUCUACUUAAAAGGAAGUUCUACCCUGGCACACAAUGAGGCUCCAAUGGCCUGCCAUAAUUUCCUUGUGACAGAUUUGAACUGCUCAGUUUCCUGGGGAAGCCCCAUCCACCUUCACUGCACACUUACCCUGCGCUGAAAGCCUCAAGCCACACAGGCUAUGUGCGUACUUCUGCUGCAGCCUUAUUUGAGUGAGGCACGCACUAGAGGCUAGGGAAAUCAGUAAAGAAGGAACCCCUUCAUGAAGGUGAUUUGCAACCAAACUCUUUUUUUCCAUGCAUGGAAAAAAAGUUGGGUUACGUGCUUCUGUGGAAAGCUCAAGCCCAAGAACUUCACUGGCAUGCCCCAUCAGAAGUCACUCGUGUGAAUGGCUGCCCCUUCACACCCCCCACAGCUCAAAAAUCUACAUCAAAGCAUGUGCCCUUGGUUGGUAUCUGCAGGACCAUCAGAAAAGGGACGAUGCAAGGGGACAGAAUUUCUCCUUCCCUGUUCUGUUUCAUGCAUGUCCUCCCUUACCCCCUGCAGGAUGCAACACCCACCGCUGGUAAAUUCAGGGAUAUAUUUACCAAAUUUACAAAGGGGCCUUGGGGAUGCGCAGGGGGAGGCGGGUUUGCUGUUGUUUCUCUAUGGCACCUGCUCAGAGCAGCCAGAAAUAAACACACACCCAGCGCCCUGGGCCCGCCUCGGCGGCAGGCCCGGCCCCGGGGCGGGCCCCAGCGUGGAGGCCGCUGCUCGGCGGAGAGAGGAGAGGGAAAGGCCGGGAAAGGAGAGGGAAGGAGGGGAGGCCGCCGUCAUGUUGUGUGGGGGCGCCUCGGCGACCAAGCCUGCCACCAGCGAGACCCAGAAGAUCGCCGACGAGGUGAAGCCUCAGCUAGAAGAAAAAGAAGGGAAAACCUUUGAUGUCUUCACUGCAGUGGAGUAUAAGACUCAGGUGGUUGCUGGAACAAACUACUUUAUCAAGGUCCAUGUUGGAAAUGAUGAGUUUGUGCACCUGCGGGUGUUCAAAAGCCUUCCUCAUGAGAAUAAGCCACUGAGUCUCCACGGAUACCAGAGCAGCAAGUUGAAGCAUGAUGAACUGACUUAUUUCUAGCAAACUUAUGUGACUAUGUGACUUCCUAAUGAUUUCUUAUGUAUAUUUUCUAUAGGCUGCAAAAUGUUGAUUCCUGUUCCAACAAAGAACAAGAAAAUAUCUUUCUUUUUAACAAAGCUGGAAAGAAAAUCCAUUUCUCUUUUUGCCAUUUUCUUACAGUGCAAUAUCUAAAUGAAUCACAUAGCUCUCCUUUCACCCUUUGCUAAUGCAAACCCAAGGAGCUGCACUGGCUACAGUGCACCUCAACCAGAAUACUGUGCCUGAGUCGUGUUUGUGGACUUCCCUAGUCUGGAAGUUGCAGGGGAGUGACAGUAACACUCGUGGAAGGUAGACUUGAACAGAAAAGACUUUGAAAGCAAGAGGAUCAGGAGUACUGUAGUCUUUAGAACGUUCCCUUAAUCUUUUUUUCUCUUGCAGCAGUAGGAUGUAAUAUCCAGUAGAGGGUGUAUGAGAUUUUUAAAAAACUUGCUUAUUUUCUGAGUCCUAAGGAGAAGUCGUAGAAAGUCGUAGAAAUUCGAACUGUACAAGCAUUUCUGCACUGACAACAAUAAAUACUUCUCUCAAAUUUA